AUGAUAUAGCUUAAAUAUUUUAUAAAAGAAAACACUGAAAAUAUUCCUGCCAAUCAGCAGGUUUGCAUUGCUAUAGAUGUUGCUUUAGAUGGUUUGGCAUCUUUGAAAAGUGAAGAAACCCCACAAGUUUCCACUGAUGGUAAUCACUGAGCACUUCCGUGGUUGUGCUUUAAGGGAGGUUUGAUUUGCACUUGAUAAGAAAAAAUAUAUUUAAGAUCAGUGUAACAAGAGAUUUAAAAAGUGUCAAAAAAAAUAUGAGUGAUUGCAAAAUCAUGUGGAUUAUACAACCUGUCCUCAUUAUUAGCAUUUUACACAUGCUGGAAGGUUCAACAAAGACUGCAGAGACUGCAUCCCCGGACAUUUGUACUGUUCUUAAUCCUUUGGUGUAUGGAUUCAUCUGUUUCCUAGCUUCAAUUGUUUUUAUACUUCUAAUGAUUCUGUUUAAAGUGACUCAAAGGCAUGGCAUGAGAGUCGAUAUCCACGACGAGAAGAGAGAACCAACCCCUGUGUUUCAGAAUGAUGCGAUUAUAAACAUUCACACUCCUCCAGUCAAUGGUGCAGAUGAUUCCUCCUCAACCAGUUCUGAAAGUCCUGAGGGCUCGCUGUCAGAGAUUUCCAGUGGCCGUCAACGGUAUGUGAGUGCCCAGGAACGUCGUAAGGAUUCCGAUUACAUAAAUAUUUCAGAGGGUGUGACCUCCGGACAAAUGGACUUGAAGAAUCCAAAAACGCGCCAUAUUGAUUACGUCAACGUCAAUGAACCCAGGAAGAUUACCAAAAAAGAGAAGUGUGAUGACGGAAAUGCAAGUGUAAGCAGCGACACGAGCGUUGAAUCAGCGGUUAACUACUCAACGGUUGUAUUUACUAAAGCUAAUAAAUAGAGAAUGUAAUGUUUCUGAAAAACAUGUCACAGUUUCUUUCUGUCUGUAUCAUAAGUCUGUUAUCAAG